AUGCCUCCCAUUUCUUCUUCCAAGGAGAAGCGCCUUGCCAAGAAGGCCGCCCUCGGUAAGGACAAGAAGUCUAAGUCAUCCAAGACCAGCUCCGCCGCCGCAAGCAAAGCCGCCUCGGUCAACGGCGACGAGCCCGCCCUCGAUGUUCAUGGAAACCCCAUCGUCGACGACGCGCCGGCCACUUCAGAUGACAAGUUAGAUGAGGUCAAGCGCCUCGCCGCGCAGAUGGACAAGCACGGCCUGUCUGACCGAGUCACCACCGGUGUCUUGGCAUCUACCCAGCAGAGCAAGGACGUCAAGAUCGCCAGUGCCAGCUUAGUGUUCCACGGUCGUGUUCUUAUCAACGACAGCACCCUGGAGCUAACAUACGGUCGUCGAUAUGGUCUUCUCGGUGAGAACGGUUGCGGAAAGAGUACACUCCUCAAGGCCAUCUCGAUGCGGGAAUACCCCAUCCCCGAACAUGUCGACAUCUAUCUUCUAAAUGAAGGUGCCCCUCCCAGCGAACUCGGUGCCCUUGAGUGGGUCGUUACCGAGGCGAAGAAUGAGCUGGACCGCCUCGACAAGCUUGCAGAGAAGCUGCUCGAGGAAGAGGGUCCCGAGAGCCCUGUCCUUAUGGAUCUCUACGACCAUAUGGACAAGAUGGAUCCUUCCACUUUCGAGACCCGCGCCUCCCUCAUCCUAACUGGUCUAGGCUUCAACAAGCACACCAUCCACAAGAAGACUAAGGACAUGUCUGGUGGUUGGCGAAUGCGAGUUGCCCUUGCGAAGGCUCUGUUCGUCAAGCCCUCGCUCCUCCUGCUCGAUGACCCCACGGCCCAUCUUGACCUCGAAGCCUGUGUGUGGUUGGAAGAGUACCUGAAGAAGUGGGACCGAACUCUCGUGCUUGUCUCUCAUUCGCAGGAUUUCCUCAACGGUGUCUGCACGAUGAUGAUCGACAUGAGGGCGCAGAAGCUCGUCUACUACGGAGGAAACUACGACUCCUACAUCAAGACUCGAAGCGAACAGGAGACCAACCAGAUGAAGGCUUACCACAAGCAGCAGGAUGAAAUUGCCCACAUCAAGAAGUUCAUCGCUAGCGCGGGUACGUACGCCAACCUUGUACGACAGGCCAAGUCUCGACAGAAGAUUUUGGACAAGAUGGAAGCCGACGGCUUCAUCCAGCCCGUCAUCCCUGACAAGGUCUUCAGCUUCCGUUUCGCCGAUGUCGAGAAGUUGCCUCCUCCCGUCCUCUCUUUCGACAAUGUCAGCUUCUCCUACUCUGGGGAAGCCAAGGACGAUCUGUACAAGAACCUCGAUCUCGGUUUUGACAUGGAUUCCCGAACCGCCCUCGUGGGACCCAAUGGCGUUGGCAAAUCGACUCUCCUCCGACUCAUGACCGGCAAGCUUUCGCCCCGUGAAGGAAGCGUCACCAGGCAUACCCACUUGAAGCUUGGCCUGUACUCUCAGCACAGCGCUGAGCAGCUCGACCUCACCAAGUCGGCCCUCGACUUUGUGCGCGACAAGUACCCCACCAUCUCCCAAGACUACCAGUAUUGGCGACAGCAGCUUGGCCGCUACGGUCUUACCGGUGAGGCUCAGACCGCGCUCAUGGGUACCCUUUCGGAAGGCCAGAAGAGCCGUAUCGUGUUCGCCCUUCUCGCCAUCGACGGUCCCAACAUGCUUCUUCUUGACGAACCUACCAACGGUUUGGAUAUCCCGACAAUCGACAGUUUAGCUGAGGCCAUCAACGCCUUUAGCGGUGGUGUUGUCGUCGUCAGUCACGACUUCAGACUUUUGGACAAGAUUGCCAAGGAGAUUCUCGUAUGCGAUAACAAGACCAUCAAGCCUUGGGAUGGUACCAUCUCCGAGUACAAGAACUACCUCCGAAAGAAGAUGAUUUCUUCUGGCGCCGUCUAA